GCUUCUCUACUGGAAAUCCAAAGCGAGUUAAACGUCUAGCCGAUGCCCGUUUUUGUUUGAGCUUAACUUACAGGCCCAAAUUCAUGUUAAAUCCAUUAAGGCUGGGCCUUUACUUAAAAGGACCCGACCCGGUCCGCUUGGAAGUCGAAUACGGUUUUUUUUUUCUUUGAAGCAGUGUGAUAACUGGAGUACUACCAACUCACCCCGUUGUAACAGAUUCUUUAGCCCGCCUGAUUUUCUCUCUCCUCACACGGCGUGUGUGCGCGCCUAUAAAAAGAUGUGUAACAGCAAGUUAGUUUACAGAGUGGAGUUGGAAAAAUGGCGGUUAAUAUACAUUUUUCUCUCGGUGCUCGCAUUUCUGCUUCUUCUCUUCCAAUCAUUUCCGCGACAGUCGAUCGCGGUCUCCGGAGCACAGGCAACCGCUGCUCCUGCAAAUUGGGGAGCGGUUUGGUGAAAUCCGGUGCUCUCUUGCGUGCUGCGGUGGGAGGCAGUGGAAACAAGUUCGCGGAGCAGGAUGGUUCUUUACUUGGUUUUGCUUCUUGGAAUCAGCCGGAGGCUCACGAGCGAGACUUCACCAACACUCCAUAUGUUCCUGUUUAUGUGAUGCUGCCUCUGGGUAUCAUCAAUAUGGAAUGCAAAUUGGUGGAUAUUUCUGGUCUGAUCAACCAACUUAGGAUCCUUAAGUCAAUUAAUGUUGAUGGUGUUAUGGUUGAUUGUUGGUGGGGCAUAGUGGAAGCACGUGGUCCUCGACAAUAUAAUUGGGGUGACUAUAAGAGGCUUUUCCAGAUAGUGCGAGCCCUUAAGUUGAAGUUACAGGUUGUCAUGUCUUUCCAUGAAUGUGGAGGCAAUGUUGGUGAUGAUGUACAUAUUCCCCUUCCUCAAUGGGUCAUAGAAAUCGGCACUACAGAUCCUGACAUUUUCUUUACUGAUAAAGAGGGAAGGCGAAACCAGGAAUGUCUCACUUGGGGAAUUGACAAAGAACGAGUCUUGAGUGGUAGGUCAGGUAUUGAGGUUUAUUAUGAGUACAUGAGAAGUUUCUGUGUAGAGUUUGAAGAGUUCUUUAGAGAUGGAGUCAUCACUGAGAUUGAAAUUGGACUUGGUCCAUGUGGGGAGUUGCGCUAUCCAUCUUAUCCAGCAAAACAUGACUGGAAAUAUCCUGGGAUUGGGGAAUUUCAGUGCUAUGAUAAAUAUUUGAUGAAGAGUUUUGAGAAGACAGCAGAAGCGAAGGUCAAACAAUUUUCGGGUAUACAACCUGAAGGUGUAGGGUCUUAUAAUUCCAAACCUUAUGAAACUAAGUUUUUUUGUGAUGGAGGUGCAUAUGAUGGCUAUUAUGGCCGAUUCUUCUUAAAUUGGUACUCUCAGGUUCUUAUUGAUCAUGGUGAUCAAGUACUUGCAAUGGCUAGUCUGGCCUUUGCAGGUACUCCCAUUGCUGCAAAGCAGCUAUCGGGCGUUCAUUGGUGGUAUAAGACGUCUAGCCAUGCUGCUGAGUUAACUGCAGGGUUCUAUAACUCAACAAAUCGCGAUGGUUAUACUCCAAUUGUAUUGAUGUUGAAAAAACAUAAGACUACUCUUAACUUCACAUGUGUCGAGUUGCGAACAUUAGAUCAAUAUGCAGCAUUUCCAGAGGCAUUAGCAGAUCCUGAAGGAUUGGUUUGGCAGGUGCUAAAUGCUGCAUGGGAUGCUGGCAUACAUGUUGCUAGUGAGAAUGCUCUUCCAUGCUACAACAGACAAAGCUUUUACAAAAUACUGCAAAAUGCCAAACCUCACGGUGAUCCGGAUAGAAGACAUUUAUCUGCUUUUACCUAUCUCAGGCUAAGCCCAGACCUCAUGGAGCAACACAAUCUCAUGGAGUUUGUACGAUUUGUAAAACAAAUGCAUGCUGAACUUGCAGGAGAAUCUAUAUGAGGAUUUGCAACAUAGCUAAGAAGAGGAGACCAAACUCUAGUGUGAAUAACGAAUAAAUCCAUCACGGACCAAAAGAGAGUUGUUAGCUUUGCUAUUUUUGAAGGAAAAGCAAGCAGUAUGUUUGUAGUUGAUGCUUUUAGCUAUCUGUUAAGGGAGGCUAAGAAAUUCAUUGCAGCAACUCUAGUUUACUUGUUGAGUGGAGUCGGCUUGUGCAAUUUUGCUAAGUGUAAAUCUACUUUGUUCACAGCAUAGUUGUUAAAGUUGCACAGCGCUGCAUGGUGCAAAGGUACACUGCAAGCCUUUUUAAAGCAUGGUCCAUAGUUAUAAAAUAGAUGGUA